AUGGCUGAUAUUGCCCUAUACAUGACUGAUGCGUCUUGUCCUAUGCCAGAAUAUGAUGGAUAUCUGUUGCCUAAGUUUGCACCACUGUUACCAAGUGCUGAUACACAAAUGACAUCUAUUCGGGAGUUCGAAUCCAGAGAUAAUGAUAUUUUGAUUUGCAGUUAUCCAAAGACAGGUUCAAAUUGGGUCUAUGAAAUCGUGUCGAUGCUGCUACAAGGCCACUCAGCGUAUAUAAAGAAUUUCAAAGCGGUCGGUAUGUUGGAAGGCUUAGAACUAGGGUCCUUGGCUGACUGUGUGUCACCACGUGUAUUAAGUUCUCACGUGCCGUUCCGCCAUCUACCAGAACAACACUUGACCAAGGGAUGUAAGAUAGUUCACGUCCUCCGGAAUCCUAAAGACACCAUGGUCUCAUCCUACAACCAUUGUAAAAACGACCCACGUGCCAGUCACACUUCGGAAGACUUCCCGGGAACCUGGGACAACUUCCUCAAGGACCAGAUGGAAAACAAGCAUAAUAUCUAUGAUGGUUUCUUCAAGUAUGAGAAGGAGUGGGAGACAGCCAAACGUACCAAAGCGGUAACCAGUGUACAUACACUGUUCUAUGAAGAUCUUCACAAGGAUCCAGUGAGAGAAAUAACACGAUUGGCGAGGUACCUAGAGGUAGCUGCAGACAAGGGACUUGUUCAAGAUGUAGCCGAUAAAUGCUCCUUUCAAAAGCUUCAAAACGCGGCAGUUACUAUAAAAACCGGCGGAGCUAAGAUUGUCGUGAAUGGAAACAAUUUACUGUUUAGAAAAGGAAUGGUCGGAGACUGGAAACAUUGGUUUACGGUUAAACAGAAUGAACAAUUCAACGAACUUGUGGAUAGAGAGCUGAAGGGAUCAACUCUCAAUUUUACCUACGAACAGUGACAGGAACAGUGACAGGAACAGUG